CAAUAUCGCGUUGCGACGAAAAUCUCCCACGUCAAAAUCAUUUGCGUCAUCACUUUUACUUUCAAUUUUCCGACUUUUUAUAUUAUUUUAAUAUUUUCCUUCUGUAGAAGGCUACGGUUUCUACCUUUACACAUAUUUCUCUUGUAAUUCGCUCCCUGGAAGCUCUUUUUUUCUUCCUCAAUAUUUUCUCGGCCGGUCACUUCCUUGCUUUUUUCUCGUUGGUUUUCCGUCCCGCCAAACACUCCCCGGCCCUUGCACCUUGACUCUAAAUCCUUGCAAUCGCUUAAGAUUCUUGCACUCCUCAAACCGAUCUCUCUCUUUCUCUCUCUUACUCAUUCAUUGAUGUAAUGAAAUCGGAAGAGCCAAAUGAUUCUUCGGACACUUUCAUCAGACAGGCUAUUGGAAAAGAACCUUUCCUUUCCUUCUCGAGGGCCGGCGACAGCCCAGUCCAAUGGAUUCAAUUGCUCCAUGCAUUAGAUCUACAAGAUAUCCCUGGCUGGCCUUUAUUGACUCCUCUGAAGGUGCAGAUGCAAAAAUGUGAUAAGUGUACGCGAGAAUUUUGUUCACCUAUUAACCAUAGAAGGCAUAUACGUGUGCACCACAGAUUGAAAAAACUUGAUAAGGAUUCUGCUAAAAACAGGGACCUAUUAGCGGCAUUUUGGGACAAGCUGUCAGAGGAUGAGGCGAAGGAAGUCAUAUCAUUCAAGGAUGUAUCAUUGGAGGAAGUUCCGGGAUCUUCAGUUAUAAAAUCAUUGACAACACUUGUAAAGAGACCAGGGUUUUCUGCUUUGCCACAAGUUUGCUUGAAGGCAGGUUCUGGUCUUCUGGACCUUGUCCAAGCCAGCCCUUCAAGGUUUCCAAUAUCUUCACAAGAAUUAUUUAGUAUCCUAGAUGAUGCAAGUGAAAGGACUUUCCUUUGUGGCACAGCUGUCUCAAUGCAAAAAUACAUUUUUGACGGGGAAGCAGGAAAGAUUGUUCUUGAAACCAAAAACUUGGUUGCUUGUACCAGCUUCUUGAUGGAACAGAAAUUGGUUAAAGCAUGGCUUGCAGAUAAGGAUGCUGAAGCUUUGAGGUGCCAGAAGUUGCUAGUGGAAGAGGAAGAAGCUGCCCAGAAGAGGCAAGUUGAGCUUCUUGAGAGAAAGAGGCAGAAGAAGCUUAGGCAGAAGGAGCAGAAAGCAAAAGAACAAAGACACUGGGAGAUGGAAGAAGGUAAGCAGGAUAUGGAUGAAUCAUUGGAGGUUAGCAUUCUUGAUGAAACAUCCUCCCUUUUAACCGCUUUUGAUUCUGAUGGACAAAAUCCAGUCAUAUCAACAGAUCAAGUUCUCCCAUCUUUAGAACCCAUUCAUUUUUCCAACCUUGAGGAGGAUGUAGAUUAUGAAAUUCAGAUGGGGUUUAGCAAUGGAUAUUGCGAUCCAGGAACUAGUCAGAGUGUUGAAGGACGAAUGGAGCAAGUUGGUGGACGUCAGCGAGUAGUUGCUCAAUGGCAGACUCCACCUAAAUCACAGCGAGGGGCGCUUAAUGGUUUCUGUGUCAGUAAGAAUUCUUAUGGAUUUAAGCUUGGAGGCAUGAAUAAACAUGGAACAAACAGGGAAAGGGUUGCUGCAAUGGGUAAUAGUAAUAAAAUGUGGAGCCGGAAACCUAAAGCAGUUAAUGACGCAGAGAGUUUGAAAAUUAGAGCAGGGAAACAAGCUGCAAAUGAACUGGAUCAAAAUAAGAACCAUGAGGUUCUAAUUGGCUCUAUAUCUGUCACACUUGGAAAUUUUAGCCAGCAUGAGGGAAACAAUCUAGCUGAAGCCCACGACAGGUGCCUGGCAGAGUGUCAAAUACAAAAGAAUAAAAAUGUUCAGGAGAAGUUCAGCAAACUUGAUCCUGUUCACCGAUCAACCAUUAAGUUUUGGAGGCCGGUGAAUGUACAUGAAAGCAAAAGUUCACUGCCAGUCCAAAAUGGUGUUGGAGAAUUUGAACUAGAAGUGAUUGCUGAAAAGGAUGGAAUCCGGCCCUCCUCCAAUGAAAGCUGUCUAAGGUCAUAUGCAACAGAUGGUAGUGAUGGUGUAGUAAGUAUGAAUCUUUCAACACUUGACGAAAGUGUGCAACCAGGAAGAUUGCAGUUUGACGGCCAUGCUGCCAAGGCCUUUCUUGCUCAGAGGUGGAUGGAGGCUAUCGCAGGGGAACAUGUGACAUUGAUUCUCUUCCCAAAUCUUGAGCCUCCAGGGUGCUCAGAGGUUGAAACUGAUUCAUCAGAAAAAUGGAUGGUUAAGGUGGGUGCUUUUGAGGCUUCUACCGGUGGGGCUGCCAAAGGCAAGUUCAGGACGAGGCCUGAAAAGAGUGCAAAAAUAAAGUACAUUCCUAAACAAAGAUCUGCCACCUAAGUGUAGGAGAGAUAUGGGAAGAUUUAUUCUUGAGAUAUGCACAGGCUAGAGGAUCGUCAUUAUAUUCUUAGCAUAGGUUCCAGUUUUACCACUGGUCUUCUGUGGGAAAAUUGAAGAAAGGUUUUGCCGGAAAAUAUUUUUAUCAUUCCGUCCCUUUUUCUUAAGGUGGUAUAGAAGUUUGACUAGUCUUAAGAUUUUUUUAUUUUGUUCUGCUAAUUUUUUUGGCUUAAUUGUCUAACUUUUUGUUUUAAUAAAUUGGGGGUUCUUAAGGUCUUUUGGAGUCGAAGUGGAAGUUCAUUGUUUGUUCUCUUUUACUUCUAUCUUUUGCACAUUUUACAAUGAGUUUUCCCCCGUCUUCCUGCAAAAAGUAACCGAAAAGCAGCUUUAGGAGAAGCAACUUGUGAUAUAUUGAGCUUUCUAACGUUUGGAUCUUUGCAAAUUUGUUAUUUUUGCUUCAUUUUUUUUAAUCUUACGUGGAACGUAUUGGUUCUGCCAAAGGCCCAAUCGUGCUUUUGAAAUUAUAAAGACUGUUAUCUAGACUAAUGAUUCAUGGACUCCAAUUCU